AGCAGUGCGGGGUGAGGAUAGCUUCAAAUCAAAAUGUUAAGUACUGGAUAUCACUUGCUUAAAAAUCAUACUUUUGAUUGAUAAACAUAUUCAUGCACUUGGCAUCCCAAUGUCGUUCAUGGUGUUGACGUGAAAACAUAUUUAUACUUUUAAGUUCCUAGAUUUGUAGUUGAAAUUUCAAAAGAACAAGAACAAGAACGAGAACUCCUAUCAUACAGUUAACAUUAUCCUAUCCUAUCCUAUAAAAAUAUAUUAACAAUCAAAGAAGAAAACAACAAAUCAUUGACAAAAUGUCCACAACACUCACUGAACAAGCUUCCUCUGAGCAUAUCACCACGCUCAAUACCAACCCUACCACCACACCUCACGAUGUCGAAGGAAUCAUGAACUAUUACCUCGACCCAGAAGAUGGUAGUCCACCACCACCCAACAUCGUGGGCAAACCUACCACGUUCGAAACCCCUGUAAAUCCCGUCAAAGUUACUGUCCACGACAUCCGCGGUUCGGAAGACCAACAUACGUUGGAUACUACUGGUUUUCAGAUUGUGAAUCAUGUUAGUCAGGAGAAGAAUUUUAUUGACGACGAAAAUAUCAAGGGUGAUUAUUAUAAGGAGACGGAAGAGCUGUUGAAAAGAGAGUAAGUAGCCACCGUGAGUCUCAUUCAGUGUAGGAUAAAUCACUGACAAGGAAAUAGAACCGGAGCAUCUAAGAUCUUCAUCUUUGAUCACACGAUCCGUCGCGAAGCUCCCAACGGUACAGACCCAGCGCCUAUUACAACCGAGACACCCAAAGAUAACUCCUCUCCCGUUUUCGUCCAACGCGGCCCCGUUCAACGCGUUCACAUUGAUCAAUCCUACAGCGCGAGCGUCAACCGCGUACCCUACCAUCUCCCCGAAGAAGCCGACGAACUCCUCAAAGGACGAUUCCAAAUCAUAAAUGUCUGGCGACCUAUCAAAACAAUCUUCAAAGAUCCUCUAGGAGUAGCAGCUGCCAAUUCAGUCGAUGAAAAAGAUCUUGUUCCUAUCAAACUGAUCUAUCCCGAUCGCGAAGGAGAGACUUAUGCUGUUCGCUAUGAUCCUGGUCACAAGUGGCAUUAUUUGUAUAAGCAGACUCCUGCAGAGGUUCUUCUUAUUAAAUGUUUUGAUAGUAAGACGGAUGGGAGAGCGAGACGGGUUCCGCAUAGUGCGUUUGUGAAUUUGGAACAUGAGGGGGGUGAGAAGAGAGAGAGUAUUGAGGUUAGGGCAUUGGUUUUCUACCCAAGUGAUACGGAGUAGGGGGCAUUUGGAGAGAUAUGGUGGCUUGCAAAUAUGAUAAAAAAAUUUAAAGGACUUUGAAUGAUAUGGUUUGCUCUGAAUUAAAUUGUAUAGCGAGUUAUACUCAACAUUGUUAUAGGGGAGUAGAGUAGUUUGUAGUUGUCAUCUCAUUUAACCUUAACUAAGGUAACCUUAACCUUUGAUUUUUUUUGGCCAAUAGUAAUCUUGAGUCUCAAAUUACAGAUUCAAGGUAAGUUUAACUACUGUCGAACAUACGAAUAGUAAGCCUUACUAAUACCCUCCAUCAAAUAAUCAAUAACAUUGCCGCGAAGUAUGUAUAUCCUUUUCAAUUAAGGUUCUAGAAAGAAUAAUUCAACCCAUCCGGACAAAAUUUGUAACGUUCAGCUGUGGGAAAAUUUGAGUGCUUUCAUGAUAGCUCGG